ACUAUUAAUAAUCUGCGUAGCAAACCCCACUACGAAUCCGCGGUGGAUCGCUUCGUCGUGUGUCUGUAAAUCGCACCGACUCAAAUUGUAUAAGAGCCUGUUUUAAAAUAUACCGCGCCCGCCGAUAUAACUACGAGUGCGAAAUUCGAGAAAAAAGUUGAAAAGUGAGCAUGGCAUCCUUGAUCACAGUGCACCUCAACAAGGGAGGCUCCCCCAACCUCGGCUUUAGGUUGCAAGGGGGCAAGGACUUUGGUACUCCUCUCCUCAUACAAAAAGUAAAUGUCGGUUCUCCAGCUGAAAGAGCAGGACUGGUUGCCGGAGAUGCUGUGAUCAAAAUCAAUAACACAGAUGUCUAUAAUUUAAGACACAAAGACGCCCAAGAUGUCGUAGUUAGAGCGGGACCAUCUUUUGAAAUUUCAGUCCAAAGAGGUGGUUCAACGUGGAUACCUUCAGUUAUACCUACUGGUCCCUUAUCGGCUCCAUCUCCGUAUGUUAACAGUUCUGGUCCAGUUACAAGGACUUCUUUGGCAGCUAACAAAAGCGAAAAUAUCGGAUCUAUCGGAACAGGACAUAAUUUGUCUGCUAAGCCAUUUAGCCCACAGCUGAAUGGUUCUGUAAACGGUGGACCAAAAUUAGUAAAUAAACAAUAUAAUACACCUCUAAAACUAUAUUCAGAGGAAAGCAUAGCAGAGACACUUUCAGCACAAACUGAAGUUUUAUCUACAGGAGCCUUAGGUGUAAACUUCAAGAAAAACGAAAGAAACUACGACUCAUCUAAUAGUGAAGUCCUGAGAGCACUAAAAGAAGCAGAAAACGAACCCAGCUAUCCAGAUCACGUAAUCCGCACCGAUUACUAUUCGACACAAAGCCACGCGAUCGGUGGUCGAAAAUCCACGACCCCAAAUCCAAUCGCUAGCGAACAGUAUCGAUCACUUAACGAACAAUCCAGACCAGUUGCUGUAGGCAGUACACAAACACAACCAGAAUUUCCAAAACCUACUCCGGCAGAAGGUGCAACUGUUUGUACUGAUUGCGAGAGGGUCAUUGUUGGUGUAUUUGUUAGAAUAAAGGACAAAAAUUUGCACGUUGAGUGCUUUAAGUGUUCCACUUGUGGCUCCUCUUUAAAGAACGUAGGGUAUUAUAACAUUAACAACAAACUUUACUGCGACGUUCACGCCAAGUCAGCUGCACUCAAAAACCAGACUAAUCCAAAUCUAGUUCCAAUUACCAUCCCACCAGGUGGAAGAGCUCCAGCUCACGCUAUCUCGUCUGCCCUUUCUAGCCAUUCUUAUCCAACAUCAUCUCCAUUAUCUCCAAAGUUAAACACAGCUGGUACCCAAUAUCAGGCGGAGGAAACUAAUGAGAAUGUCGAUGUUACGUCUUCGUCUUCACUUUUAGCUAAAUCUAACGUUAUCGAGUCUAAUACUAGCAAUAAUAAUUUAUUUAGCAAUUCUACGCCUGUUUCGUAUAGCAAAUACUUAAACAAUAAGACAAAUUACUCCGGUCCCAAACCAUUCUCAAGCGUAAAUGCGCCACUCUCUCCCCAUAACACUCUUCCAAGAGCAGCCCCAUUAUCUCCAGUAGCUCCAGCACCAUCUUUUAAUAGUCAUUCUUAUACUCCUUCUGCUUACAGUCCUUCAUCAGACGUUCACGUAGCAGAAAAUAUUGUUUGGCCCCCUCCCCAAGAAGAACCUGAAGUACCUACCGCUUGUCCUUUGUUUUAUCCUCCACCUUCACAGAUAGAGCAAAAAAUUUUAAGUAAGAGAAAAGAAAAGGAACUAGAAACAGAAGAAGAUUGUUCAGAAAUUGAAGAAAUAAAUGAGAUGGCUCAGUAUUCCCAAAAUGUAUUUUCUGAAUACUCUAGUAGACGAAAAAGUACUGAAGAAUGCAGAGAAACUUUAACUGGGACAUUAGAUACACAGCUUCUUAUAGAAAAUAUUGUCAAAAAAUCUGUUGGGCCUCCAUCGCUCAAUGAAGAUAUUUUAAUAAAGCCUCAGUUGGAGCAGGACCUACGGACUGAUAAACUCAAAUGUCCCUUGUCAUUAAAUGAAAGCUUGUGCUGCCAGAAAAAAGAUGUGAAAAGUUGUGAAUUAAAGCGACCAACGGAAUACAGUCCCAAUACCGUAGAGCGUUUUACCCCUACAAUAGAUAACGCAGUACCACUAAAAUGGGAAUCUCCUCUAACACAAGCUAUUAGAACUACUUCUCCUGACAAAGAUACAUUUGCUUCAAUUCCCACAAAACAUUCUCAUAGUGCACUUGCAUCUGCAUUAUCUGUGGCUCCCUUAGAUCCGUUUACACCUACCGGUAUUCAUGAUGAGCCAGUACCUCUUCCAGAAGAAACUGUUCCGUAUUUUCCUCCAGAAAGGCCAGUACUUCCCGUGGAUAUUGAAGCUUCUAAAAGUGAUGGUACUGCUCCUGUACCUCCUAUUAGAAAGAAGUUUAAAAACCCUAAUGACAAAUUAUUGGAAGAUCUACCUAAACCACAGGAAAGACUUUCUUUACUAGCUGCUUUAACAACGGCUCCUGAUAGACCUUAUUCUCCUUUUAUUGAGUUAUCUACUGGUCCAGACAAAAACCAAAAUGUUAUUGAGAAACCACCACGCUCUGAUUUAAAUAGACCUGUUAAACCAGAUGUUUUGCCAGAAUCAUUUACGGUACAUAAAAAGGAACCCAAACCACCUACUUAUUAUCCACCUUCUUUACUCUACCAAAGAACUGAAGAAGCAAAAUGUGAAGAGCAUACUGAAGAAAGUAACGUUACGAAAACUACGACAGUGCAGAAACAAACAAUACAAAAACCUGAAGUUGUUCAGACAGUUGUUGAGGAAAAUCCAACCACAAGUCAAAUAAUACCUCCAAUAUUUCAUGGAUUUUCAUGCUCUUUUCAAAAUAAAGGUGAUAUUUCCCAAUUUUCGGUAGAUGUAAGAACUACCCCACCCAUUAUUUCACCACCUCCGAUAGCUCCUGUUGUAAAAACAAUUGAAAGUAAACAAGGCUAUGUUCAAAGGGAAAUUGUAACUGAAGAAAGAAUUGAAAAACAAAAAACUUCAAAAAAAUCUGAACAAAAAGAGGAGAGGACGAUACAACAAGCUUGUCAGCCAAGCAACAGACCGGUUAUUAAACAAGCAGAAGAAUCAAUAACUGUUAAACCAAUACCUCCUGUAGCUCUCCGUAAACCUACUCAGUUACCUCAGUAUCAAGUAGAUAUAUCUGCGGAAGCCGAAUCCGAAUUAAUAAUGUAUGAAAAGAAACGACAGGCUGAAAUAAGAUUAGAACAGGAAAAACAAAAUAAAAUACAACAAAAUAUAGUGGCCGCUAAUAAAGCACCUGUAAGAGUAUUACCUGCUCAAAAACCCAUAAUCAAGAUUGAAUCAGAAGAUACUAAUAAUACUUUCAGACCUGUUGUUGAAGAAAACCCACCAAUUCAUUCAUUUUCCCCUAGAUCAGGCACUAUUACUCCUAGCAAACAGGGCAAAGCUCCUGCAAUUUUACCUUACUAUCAAGUAAAUUUAGUUCCCCAACAUAUGGCUGCAACACAUAGUAACAUAUUUGAUCCUAAAAGUCCUGCUGUUUCUAGAUCACCCAGUCCAUUUGUAGGGGCUACAAAAGAACGAAGCCCUUCGCCACUUCCAGGAACAGCUAGCAAUAUACGAGCUGCUUCUCCCGCCCCCGGACCACCAGAAAAUCCUCUAACAUCUUCUAAACCACUUCCAAAUCCAGAGUCUAUUAGAAUAGACCAAGCUCGAGACAGUUUAACCCACUAUUUGCCUGAGUAUAAAACCAAAAUGGAUUUGAUUGAACUUGGCCAAAAAUCUGAGUUAUUUGGACAUUCAUAUGGACAGAAUAGUCAAAUGUAUACAUCAUUGGUUCAGACCCAAAACUUUCCAACAGUUCCUGUAGAUCAAAGUCACAUACAAUGUUUUGAAAUGCAGAAAGCAGAUCUUCUACAAGCUCAAAGAACUGAAAAAAAUAUUUCUCAAUUAGGUGAUACCGUCGUCUCAACUUCAGUCGAUGAACAAAUGCGCCAAGCUCAUCUGGAGCAGCUAAAACAAUCUCAAAGCCAUUCUGUGGAGCGAUCUGCUGAUGGCUUAACUCAAAUUCAAAGAAAAAAAGUUGUUACCGAAGAAUUCGAACGCUCCCAAAAGGAAGUUAAUAUACAAAUUGAGAAAAAUGUAUCUUCAGUGAGAAAGCAUCCUUUUACAGAAGUAAAUGUUCCAAGCUUGGGUGAACCUAGUAUUAAAGGUCAUGUUACAGAUCCCCAACGUAUCUCGGUCAAAAAAUCAGAGGGAACUCAGAAAGAAGUUUGUCAAAAAUUGGCAGGUCCACUACAGGCUCCUCCGCCAGCUACUCUUCAAUCUUCAGCAACAGCUUCAUUAGGAAGCACUGCUUCUGCUUCUACGCCAAUAAAGCAUGUGUAUGCACCAAGCUCUAUAGCACCUGUAAAGCAUGUAACACCUCCUAGCUCCUCAAAUAAACCUAAUGUAUCCUGUGUUUCCCAACCCGAUACAGGUGCUGGAAGCGGUAAACAAUCUACAGGUGUAAGAAUUGCACCAAGACGUGGUCGUGGUAUCUUAAACCCCGCUGCCAUUGGUGGCGCUAGAAUUCCUCUUUGUGGUAGCUGUAAUAUGCAAGUCAGAGGUCCAUUUAUAACAGCCCUUGGAAAGAUUUGGUGCCCUAACCAUUUCAUCUGCUCGACUCCUUCAUGCAGAAGACCUCUUCAAGAUAUUGGAUUUGUAGAAGAACGUGGACAACUAUACUGUGAGUACUGCUUCGAACAAUACUUAGCUCCUCCAUGCUCUAAAUGUGGUGGCAAAAUCAAAGCGGACUGCUUGAAGGCAAUAGGAAAGAACUUCCAUCCUGAAUGCUUUAACUGCACAUACUGUGGAAAAUUAUUCGGCAACUCUCCAUUCUUCUUGGAAGACGGAAGCCCAUAUUGCGAUGCCGACUGGAACGAGCUUUUCACAACAAAAUGCUAUGCUUGUGCAUUCCCAAUCGAAGCUGGAGAUCGUUGGGUAGAGGCUCUUAACAAUAAUUAUCAUAGCCAGUGCUUCAACUGCACGAUGUGUAAAAAGAAUCUUGAAGGACAGAGCUUCUUUGCCAAGGGAGGUCGCCCAUUCUGCAAGAACCACGCCCGCUAAGGAAUGCAGGCCACCUGUUAAUCAAAUGUUACCACAUGUUGCUUCUAAUUUCUUUAAUCUAUUAAUUACCGCAAGCUUGGUGUUUCAAAAAAUCUAUUUUUAUUACUGUUUAAUUUAUCUCUAACAUAACACUAGCUUUUAGCUCUUGUGAAUAUACAGUUGGUCUCAAUUCUUAAACAAUUUGGGACUUUCUGUAUUUAACUUUUUCUCUUUCUUAUCGAUAGGUGUACAGAACAGAUACAACCAAAAAUAUUUAUUUUAUUUAGGAUUACUUGUAAAUUCUGUUUAUAGAUUAGAAUUUUUGUGGAAAUUUUAAAAAGUAAGAUUUACCCUUUUUUGGUAUUUAUUUUUGAUUCAUACCAUUUUUUGUGAUUUGUGCCAUUGAUCUUAUGUAAUGGACUGUUUGUCUAGCACCUUAUUUAAUAAUAAAUAUAAAUAUUUAAGGCGUA